AUGUCUGACAACCCAGAUUUUCUGCGCAACUUGGAUCCUCGUCUUCAUCCUCAGGCGUCGGAUGCAAACCGCAUGAACAACUCUCCUCAAUCAUACGUCCUCAACGACAGCCACCCCACGGUGGUAUCGUCGGGAGAGCCCUUCGGCCACCCCGUCGAGGUCGGUGGCGCCACCGCCUCAAUGGCCUGCAUCGUUACUGAGGAAUCUGCUCAGGCUCAGAGCACCAUGCAUGCCGGCAUGCAGCCUCCUCCCGCAUACCCAGCAGUAUCCAGCGCGAGUGCCCAUAUGGUCUACCAGUCCCCGGCGUCGUUGAACACUGGCAACCACAACACCACAAUCGAAAGAGCGGGCCCGGACCGUUCUCCGCUUGGCGUUUCCCAUACACCACCGAGCUUCAGCAACGCGUCGGGCAACGGAUCGCCAGUUCUGCCCCCCUUCAUAGUUCUCUGGGACUGGAUGGAGAGUGAGGUACUUCCGCACUUGCCGAGUGAGGAGCGCAUCGACUUUCACCGUCGUCUUGAGCAAUACGAUUUCCGCCCGCCUUCGGAUUUCAUUGUGAGCGCCAUCNUGAAUGCAUACAGACGAUUUCCGCCCGCCUUCGGAUUUCAUUCACCUGUGAUGCACAUUGUCCCUGGGUUACUUCAAGAAUUUCUGGAGCGCUCCCACCCAGCCGCAUCGCCGUCCAUCCACGAUGUCAAUCAUGCAGAUGCUAGUGUGCACGCGUAUACAGGUGUCCAACGCACCACCCGGCACCGUGGACUUGCACACCACGGGCCAUACGAGAUGACCACGACGUACCAGGCUGCCGCCAUCGGCGCAGACCUGAAAGAUAACAAUACAGAAUCGACCGGCAUUGCCCUCGCGGGAAGUGUCCGGUCGAACAACACGGGCGGAUCCGCAUCGUCGUCUCCCAGAUCGGCGAUCGCGGCGACGGCCCCGUCCACCUCUUCCGCCAACACCCCGCGCCCUCGGGGCCCUCGGGUUCCCAAGCCAGAGAACCGCAAGGAUAACCCUGAUUGGAACAACACUCUCCUGACGUUCACUGUGGCGGAGAACAUUGCUCUCGAUGAGAUGUACACCCACAAGGGCGAAUCGGACGCCUCCAAGACAUGCAUCUUCCCUGGGUGCGAUGCGGAGACCAUGGCAGCGCUGCAGGUCCGCAAUCGCCAUGUCCUGGGCACCCAUCUGGAGACUCUCGGGCGCGAGUGUGUCAUAUGCACCAAGCGGCUCCCGGCGGAGCAACAGGCGGCGGGACAGCGGUUCAUGAUCCAGCGCGAUGACGGUUUCGAGCGCCAUAUGGAGAAGGUGCACUCGGGGGAGACCGAGAACGCGGAGGGCGGGGGUGAGAACGAGGGUGAGAACGAGGACGGGGAGGUAGAUGAGUAG